GGCGAAAGUGAAAAAGAGAAAGCAGGCAGAAUAUGCUUUGCUCUUCUCAGCAAAUAUCCCCUAUUUUCAAUUAACUUCCAUUCCGUAGUCAUUACUUUUCUUUCAUCUCCCUCUACCUACCUCUUCUCAUAAUAUUAUUAUUAACAUCUUCUUCAUUUUUCGAAGAUAAUGGAGUUGCUUCAAGAGCUUUUCGUGACGGUUAUUGUCGCUGUUCUAUUUUCGUUUCUCAUUGCUAAACUUGUUUCUUUAGGUGCUGCUGAUUCUAAUAAUAGUAAUAAACCGGAGUUAUCAAAUACUCAAAAUCUCGAUCAAGCUAAUACCAGUGGAGAAAUGGAUGAGAUUACCAUGGAGGAGCUAUCAUUUCAUGAUAAUUUGACAACUGAGGGGUUGAAAAGUGAGAAACGAGUCGAAUUCGUCCAGGAUUUUUCAACGACAGUCGAUAAAUUAUCAGGAGAAUCGAAAUCAGUUUACGCCGAUGAAGUAAUUGAAACGGAAUUGCAGACAAAAUUAAUAUCGUCAGAAGAUGUUUUAGUUAUAGAAAACAGAGAAACUGAAACGGUUGAAAUAGAAAAAUCCUCUGCUUGCAACGACGUCGUUUUGGAUGAGAUCAUUGGAGCAGUAUUGGACUUUGAUAAAGAAAAGGAUGAAAAGAAAAUAGAAGUCGUUGAAAUUGAUGAUGAUUGGGAAGGGAUUGAGAGGACUGAAUUGGAAAAGAUGUUUGCAGAAGCAGCUAAAUUUGUGGAAUGUGGAGAUGUGAAAGAUGAAGAAGGUUUGCGAAUGGAACUUUAUGCUCUUCAUAAAGUAGCUACUGAAGGUCCAUGCCGCGAGCAGCCUCCUAUGCCGCUUCAUUUUGCUGCUCGAGCCAAGUGGAAUGCUUGGCAAAGGCUGGGAAAUAUGAAUCCGGAGGUGGCUAUGGAGCAAUAUGUUGCCCUUGUAUCGGCUAAGGUCCCUGGUUGGAUGGAUGACACAUCCAAUGGCAAUGAUGAACCUGGAUCAUCUGAGGCAGAAAAUCCGGGCGUGUUGGCCUCAGAUUUAAGUACAUCUUCUUCCAAUGGUUCAAGCAUUACAGAAAGGACUUCAGAAGAGACGCCUCACAUUGAGAAAAAAGACUCGACUGAAGGUCCAAACCUGCAAACCAGGGCUAAAGAAUGAGCUUUUGUUUGCUGCUCGACUGUCCCAACCCAAAUGGUCAUUCUCUAUUUGCUUGACCAGAAACAAGUGUAACUAAUACUCGUUGCCGAUAAUAAAAAUGAUCUCAAGUUUGUAAGGGAUUUCCCUGGUCUGUGUUAUCUAUAAUUUGUCUAUAAUUAGCUAUAUUGUCUAAAAUUGCUGUGUGGUAAUCAGAACUUGUUGAUGUAAAUAAAUUUCCUGUAAUAUAUUUAUCUUCAUUUAAUUAAAUGGAUGGCUGGGAUAGUCGAAUGAAA